GAAAUACGACAUAUCUUCUAAAAACGUGGAAUCGGUAUUUACUUAUCAAUUACCUUAUCAUCAUCAUAGAAACAGAUAUGAAAAACGUAGAAUAAUGUAUAAUAAUAAGUCUUUUAUUAAUGGAUUGAAUAACGAAAAAAAUAAUAAUCUAAUUGUUUAACUCAAUUUAAAUGAUCGCAAGCGAAUUAUAAAUAUAUAUUUAUAACAUGAAUAAAUUAACAGAAUGGCUUGUUGGCUUAAACAUAUUAUCUAUAUUGUGGUUAAGUCUGCUCUUUAAUAGUUUUAACUUAAAAUUAGUUAACGACUAUUACUUAGUUAUUCAGUUUUUACCAAUUGUUUUUUUAGGGAUAUUUGGUGUUAGUUCUUUGAUAAUUAUAUUAUAUAGAGUUGCUAUAUUUAAUGAUUGCAAAUCUGCUGCGAUGGAUUUACAAGCGGAAAUAAAAGAAGCAAAAUCAGCUCUUCAACAAAAAGGAUUCAAGUUUGAUUAAUAUCUAUUAAAUUUAUAUUUACUUGUAACAAUAGAACAACAUCAUUCCAUAUUUGUAAUAAAUGUUUUGUAACAUAUCUUAAAGUAGAAAAUGUUUAAUCUCUGAAAUAAAACAAGUAUUUUUUUAACAAGUUAAUAA